AUGACGUUUUGUCGCUGGGCUCCCUCGUCGUCUGACAAUACCUGGUUGUGUGUUGACUUUUACGCCUCGAACCGCCAUCGAGUGAGUAACGGUGACACCAGCCUCGGCUGGAGGAUGGCGCGAGCCGGCCGUCGCUGGCCGAACGCAGCGGCGGUGAUUGUCCGCUUGACCGUCGAGUGGCGACGGUGUUUAUUCGCUGUGUUGACAUGA